AUGCGAGGGAAGCAGGGGGAGCCUGUGGCUAUCGAGACGGUGCUUGGAUGGGUAGUUUCAGGGCCGGUUGGAAGCACGGAUAAGAAUCAACCCGCCACUGCUCAGGUAAAUUUUUGCUCCGCUAAUAAAACUUGUAUCAACGUAGAAAACUUUUGGGAUUUAGAAAGCCUAGGAAUUAAGGACAAAGUAAGUGAUGUGCAUGAAUCGGUCAUAAACGAUCUUAGUUUUGACGGUACGCGUUAUUCAGUGGGGUUGCCCUGGAGGGAGGGUCACGAUCCUUUACCUACUAACUAUGACUUAAGUCUUAAGAGAAUGAAGGGACAAAUCAGACGACUAGGUAAGAACCCAGAAUUACUGAAGGAAUAUGACACUAUCAUUAAGGCCCAAGAAGAGUUAGGCAUCAUAGAGAGGGUAGGAAAAGAUAGUGUGAUUAAUUCUCAUGCCAAAAUACAUUACAUGCCUCAUCAAGCUGUCGUGCGAAAGGAUGCCAAGACGACAAAGGUUAGAGUGGUUUAUGACGCAAGCGCUAAAGUACUCAAGUCAAGUGUCUCUUUGAAUGAUUGUUUGCAUAUCGGACCUUCACUUAAUCCACUUUUGUUUGAUAUUCUGCUUAGGUUCCGUGAGCAAAGAAUAGCGCUAAUAGCGGACAUAGAGAAGGCCUUCCUAAACAUUGAAGUGCACGAAAGGGAUCGAGAUAGCCUAAGAAAAACUGCUAAAAGCUUUUACGUGGACGAUCUUGCCAGCGGUGAAUCUAGUACAGAGCGAGCGUAUCAGCUAUAUCGUAAGGCCAACGAACGCAUGAAUGAAGGCGGAUUUAAGUUACGCAAAUGGCGGACUAAUGAUAGUGCGUUAAGAUCGCAAAUUGAAGAAGAUGUGCGUGACGUGGAAAGUAGUUGCGUUGAUGAGCAAACGUAUGCGAAAACCACGCUUGCUCAAGUACAGGGUCAAUUUGGUAAAGUAUUAGGGUUGGAAUGGGAUAGCGUCGGGUGCGAAAGCGGAAAACACGGAACCGACGAAGAGAAAUGUGUCGAGUCUGUUAGCUUUGGCGUGGAUUGGGACAUUACAUUGCCUAAAAGUGUGAAAGAGAAGUGGGAGAAGUGGUGGAGAGAUCUAAAGGAGGUAAAGAGUGUUUCAAUAGGCAGGUACUCGAGCGGCGUGACUGACACAUCUGGCUCAGAAUCAAAGCAGAGAUAUUUUUUGCAUGGAUUUGGGGAUGCGUCAAAGCGAGCUUAUUAUGCGGUUGUGUAUCUAGUAGUUUUGAACGGUAACGAUGUUCGUGUUAAGUUGAUUGCCAGCAAAACAAGAGUAGCCCCGAUGAAAGAACUUAGUAUUCCGCGGUUAGAAUUAAUGGCAGCUAGAAUAUUGGCUCAUUUAAUGUCUGCAGUCAGGAAAGCGUUAGAGUCAGAGUAUAAUUUUGAGGGCGUUAAGUAUUGGACUGAUAGUAUGACUGUUUUGUAUUGGAUAGUCAACUCAGGCAAUUGGAAGCAAUUUGUUCAGCAUAGAGUUGACGAAAUAUUAAGGCUUAGUUCAAAACAGAGUGGAGUCAUUGUCCAGGACCGUCUUGGUUGGGGUAGUCCAAGGCAUUAUCCUAUGGUGAAGGAGAUAGUUCCCACAGUAGACAGCAAGGUUGAAGAGAAAAGGUCAUUUGUUGUUAACCUAAUCAUAAGUGCAAGGUCAUUGUUUGGAAUUGGCAAUGUCAUUAGCAUAAGUAAAUACAGCACACUUACACGGCUGUUAAGAGUUACUGCGUGGGUGAAGAGAUUCGUCUAUAAUUUGAAACAAAAAAGACUAGGAUUAGAAAUUUUUACCGGACCAAUAAAAGCGAGCGAAAUGAAUGAUGGAGAAUGCGAGUGGAUAAAGUCAGCCCAGCUAGAGUUACGAGAGCAACCCGAGUUUAAGCAGUUAGAAAGACAGUACGGACUGAUAGAAAUGAACGGGAUACUGCAUUGUACGGGAAGAUUGGGUGAAUCAGAUUUGGAGGCAGAAGCUAGAGAGCCGAUUGUUUUGCCUAGGAGACAGUAUUUCACAGAGCUAGUGAUUAGGCAGUGUCAUGAAUCUGUUAUGCAUGGGGGAGUUCGGAGCACGUUGGCGCAACUGAGGUCGAAGUAUUGGGUACCCAAGGGCAGACAGGAAGUUAAGAGAGUGAGCGGUGGAUGUGUAGCUUGUAAACGAUGGAACAGUAAGCCGUGUACACAAAUAAAGCAAGCAGCGUUACCAGAGUUUAGGGUUAGGAGAGCCGCACCAUUUGAAAAUUCAGGCGUAGAUUUUGCAGGACCUUUGUACGUAAAACAAAGAAGAUUUUUUGCAAGGUUUGGAACACCGAAACUUAUUGUUUCUGACAACGCCAAAACAUUUAAAGCCGCAAAAAAGACGUUGCGCGACUUAUUUCAAUGCGAAGAAGUAGAUAAUUGCCUUAGCGCUAAGAACAUUGAGUGGCGAUUUAACCUAGAGAGGGCCCCAUGGUGGGGAGGGUUUUUCGAAAGGAUGAUAGGGCUAGUGAAAGUCUGUUUAAGGAAAGUUUUGGGCAAUGCAAAACUUACUUUCGACGAACUGACAACUGUUCUAGCUGAAGUUGAAGCUAAAUUGAAUUCUAGACCCUUAACGUAUGAGUACGAGGAAGUGAAUAGUGAAGUACUUACUCCUGCACAUUUAGUCUAUGGUAGGCGCAUCGUGACAUUACCCGAUAGCAAGGACUCAAAAAUUAAUGAUUUAGGACAAGAUUCGACUAGAACAAACACUAGGACACGAUUCAAACAUUUAAGUACCAUACUGGAGCAUUUUUGGAGCAGGUGGAAACGGGAGUAUCUCACGAAUCUUCGGGAAUUUCAUAAGGGUAAGAAAAGGGGGGAGUGGAAGACAGGUGUGAUUCAGGAAUUGAUUUGUGGCAAGGAUAAGGUCGUUCGUGGUGCAAGGGUUUGCGUGAUGACAAACGGUCGUCGCCAGGUGUUGAAUAGAGCGAUUCAGCAUUUAUAUCCAGUUGAGGUUAAAGACGAGAGUAAGGUUGAAGGGUUGUUAAGGAGGAUAUGGUUAGCGGAUGUAAGGAGAAGACUAAGAGAAAGGCGGCUUUGGACGCCAGGUGGAAGGUUAGCGAUGCUUGACUCCUGA